AUGGCUGAUCUAUUGCGACCCCUGUCCCCCCUUUUUUCGCCCCCUCUCCCCUCCGUUUGGCCACCCUGUCCCGUCCCUUUGGCCCCCCUGUCCCCUCCCCUUGCCCCCUUGUGUCUCUCUCGGCAGUCGCGCCCACUAAUGGAGCGGUCGACAGUGGUGGGGCAGGGAGGGAAGAGCGUGGUUGACACCAUCCGUACAAGCAACGGGUGCUUCAUUGAUAAGUACAAGGACCCGGUCAUCAGGCGCAUAGAGGAGCGCAUUGGCGACUGGACCUUCCUGCCCCUCGCCAACCAGGAGGCGAUGCAGGUGCUGCAGUAUCAGUACGGGCAGAAGUACGGCGCGCAUUGGGACUACUAUGAUGACAAGACCGCACAGCCGGGCGGCCCCCGAUACGCCACUGUGCUCAUGUACCUCACUGACGUGGUCAAAGGAGGGGAGACCGUGUUCCCCCAGUCUGAGGAGGACCCCACUGUGAAGGACGACAGCUGGAGUGACUGCGGCAAGCAGGGAAUCGCAGUGAAGCCAGCCAAGGGCAGUGCACUGCUCUUCUUCAGCAUGAACCCCAACGGCUCCUUUGACACGGCCUCGCUGCACUCGGGCUGCCCUGUGAUUACGGGGGAGAAGUGGUCCGCCACCAAGUGGAUCCACGUUGACUCCUUUGACCCGCCCUUCCGUGACCCGGACGUGUGCCAGGACGAUGAUGUGAACUGUGGGGACUGGGCGCGGGCGGGGGAGUGUGAGAAGAACCCCAAGUUCAUGAAGGGCACAGGGAAGACGCAGUAUGAGCUGGGCUUCUGCCGCAAGAGCUGUAGGGUUUGCUGA